CAUGGGCAGCGCUGUGGAAACUCUGUGUGGGCAAGCUUACGGAGCGAAAAAAUAUGAAAUGUUGGGAAUAUAUCUGCAAAGAUCCACAGUCCUACUCAUGGCAACCGCCAUUCCUCUGACAGUAAUCUACAUAUUUUCGAAGCCAUUACUGCUGCUUUUGGGCGAAUCUGAGAAAAUAUCAGCGGCAGCCGCAAUAUUUGUAUAUGGUCUAAUACCGCAAAUCUACUCGUAUGCUGCUAGUUUUCCGAUCCAGAAGUUUAUGAAGGCACAGAGCAUUGUGGCGCCCAGCGCUUACAUUUCCUUGUGCACAAUCUUUGUCCACCUGUUUUUGAGCUGGCUGGUUAUUUACAAGCUUGGAUGGGGACUUUUUGGGGCUGCGUUUAUUUUGAGCCUAUCGUGGUGGAUUUUUGUUAUAGCGCAGUAUGUUUAUAUAAUGAAAAGCCCGAGGUGUAAGAAAACAUGGACUGGUUUUUCUCUUCAAGCUUUCACUGGAUUGUCGUCGUUCUUCAAGCUUUCUAUCGCUUCUGCCAUCAUGUUGUGUUUGGAAACAUGGUACUUCCAGAUACUUGUUCUCAUAGCUGGCCUCUUGAAAAAUGCAGAAAUUGCUUUGGACUCAUUGGCUAUAUGUAUGUCAAUUUUGUUUGGGGUAUACAUGGUCUCUGUUGGAUUUAAUGCUGCUGCUAGUGUUAGAGUAGGCAAUGAGCUUGGUGCUGGGAACCCAAGAGCAGCAACAUUUUCAGUGGUAAUGGUGAACAUGGUCUCCUUCUUGAUAUCAUUGAUGUUUGCCAUUGCUGUUAUUAUUCUACGAAAUUUGAUGAGCUAUGCCUUCACUGAAGGGAAGGAAGUAGCAGAUGCUGUAUCAGAACUUGCUCCAUUUCUCGCUAUAUCUAUUGUCCUCAAUGGUGUACAACCAGUACUUUCAGGUGUGGCUGUUGGUUGUGGAUGGCAAGCCCUUGUGGCUUAUAUAAAUGUGGGUUGCUACUAUAUCAUUGGGGUUCCCUUAGGAUGUGUGCUAGGUUUCAAAUUCGAUCUUGGAGUGAAGGUGCUAUUUUUCUUCAAAUGACAAGGAAUUUGGACAGGAAUGUUAGGUGGAACAACCUUACAAACUAUAAUUUUAUUAGUGAUCACUUUUAGAACAAAUUGGACUAAAGAGGUGGAAAGAGCUUCUCAACGCUUGUCUACUUGGGAUGCUAAACCUGAAGAUAUGAAUCAAGAACCUACAACAAACGAUGAGGUGAUAAUAUUGUAAUUUUGUCAUCACUUUAAGAUUAUUUAAUAGCAUGAAAGUAUAUAAGAAUAUUAACUACGUAUUUUGAUAUAGGCUUAAGGAAGACAUUUCGCUUUAUGACAUAACAGUUUUGAUAGGCCCCUUUUAUAAGGAGGAAGACAAUAUGAUUGAAUGUCUUGUAUUAUGUAUUUUAACAUUA